CCUCCACUCUUCUUCUCAUCUCUCUGUUGCUACUGCUGCAAAUCGGAAAACGUAUACGACCAGCACCAGACGCCGUCCUCUGUUUUCUCCGUUCCAUAGCCGAUUGGUGGCUCCAUUUUGGAGCUACAGUCACAUUUCAUAUAUUAGACGGGACACUGGAGUGGGCUGAAGUAAUUCUUGGUUAUUAUUGUGUUGAUCUAUUCUGAAUAUUAUGGCAGUCCUCACAAGCCUUCGGCUUAUUUCCUACACUGAAGAGCUUGUAGAUGGACAGCCAAUCUAUGUUUCUUCAAAUUGCCUUCCCAUCAAGGCUUUAAGAUUUGAACCUGCUGGACAUGCUUUUCAUUCAGCUGCUCUAAAAGUCCUUGGUUGUGAGGAGGAAGGUGCAGAUGCUGAGGAUCAGAUUGUCUCUGAUGAUAAUGAAAAGGCGCAUAUACCAUCAUUUGAUUCAUAUAGCAGUAAAGGAAAAAAGAAAUCUGGUGCUGGAGGUAAGCAACAGGAUCACUAUGCUCUCUUGGGAUUGAGCCACUUAAGGUACCUUGCCACAGAGGAUCAGAUCAGGAAAAGCUACCGUGAGGCUGCCUUAAAGCAUCAUCCUGAUAAGUUGGCUGCUCUUCUUCUUGCUGAAGAGACUGAAGAUGCAAAACAAGCCAAGAAGGAUGAAAUAGAGAAUCACUUUAAGUUAAUCCAAGAAGCAUAUGAGGUUCUGAUUGAUCCUAUAAAGAGAAGGAUCUAUGAUUCAUCAGAUGAAUUUGAUGAUGAAGUCCCAACAGACUGUACCCCACAAGAUUUUUUCAAGGUGUUCGGUCCAGCUUUUAUGAGGAAUGGGCGUUGGUCUGUGAACCAACCAGUGCCAACUCUGGGUGAUGAAAGUACUUCGCUGAAACAAGUCGAUGCAUUUUAUAACUUUUGGUACACUUUUAAAAGUUGGAGGGAAUUCCCACAUGCUGAUGAGUUUGAUCUUGAGCAAGCUGAAUCUCGUGAUCAUAAGAGGUGGAUGGAGAGGCAGAAUGCAAAACUUACAGAGAAAGCUAGGAAGGAGGAA